AUGCCUGCCUUGCGAGCGCUGCAAGACAAAGUCCGGGCACUGGAGAUGGAACUCAGUCAAUUGGUUGAAGAAGAAGGAAAUCCCCCAAACUCAGAAGAUAUUGUACGUCCUGGAGGAUUGAUUCGACUUAACGAAGAUGAUGAGACGCCACGAUACUUGGGCCCUUCAAGUGGGAUUGCGAUGACUCGGAUAGUGAUGGAGGAGGCAAAGAAAUAUACAGAUACCAGGAGUAUUCGAGAACUUGUGCCUGAAGUGCGGCAACGUCGAACUCCCGCGCAAUCGCCAGAUACGGCUCCGGAACGAAAGAAAUCUUAUCCUAUGAUAUCCGCUGUACCAGCGCCAACGUUACCCAGUCGCCUAGUGACUGAUAAAUUGGUUGAGGUGUUUAAUCAGAAAGCCCAGUAUAUGCUCCCUACUUUACAUGAGCCUACAUUCGCCAAGAAUCUUCAGGAAGUUUAUGACGGAGAUAUUGACCCAUAUAAGAAUUUCGUUCUUCGCAUGGUUCUGGCUAUAAGUAUGCAGAAGCUGGAUAUGCAGUAUGCUGGCCUUGCUGACAGCUACUAUCUGGCUGCUAUGGGUUACAUUGAAGAAGUAAUAAGACCGAAAGAUAUCAAGACAUUACAAUGCCUUGUUCUGAUUGCUCAAUAUUCAAUGCUCACCCCCACCCGUACUGCUAUAUACUACAUCGUUGGACUUGCGACGAGGCUGUGCCAACAGUUAGGCCUGGCGGAAGAAAAGACUAUUACUCAAGGAGUAUCGCUUGGGUUGGUCAAUGCACUACAGCUUGAUAUGCGACGAAGACUAGCUUGGAUUGUUCUAUCGAUGGAGCUCGGUUUGGCUCAGUCAAUGGGUAGGCCGAAUGCCUUCGCAAUUGGGAAAGACCAUCUAGACAUACAAUUUUUUGAAACAGUGGAUGAUGAGUACAUCACUGCUGAUGGCAUACUUCCUGGUCCCAUGUCGGAAAAAAAGCGCCUAGCCAUCCACUUCUUUCAUAUGAGACUGUUGCAGGCAGAGAUCCGGAGAAUGCUCUACUUGCGAAAAAGAAAUGAGCCAAAGAAUGAAGACCAUCCUUGGUAUGCUCAGAUGCUCCAGAAGCUAAGGGAUUGGUUUGAGGCUUCUCCUGAAGAUCCUCCGUGGAGUAAAACUUGGUUUGCUGGGAGAUACAAUACGAUGAUAAUCUUUUUGUUUCGUCCUUCUCCUCAAGUUCCCCAGCCAUCCUAUCGUUCCGCAAUAAUGUGUUAUGAUGCAGCUUCAAGCAAUAUAGUAACACAAAGCGAGCAAAUAAAGACAGCGAUGAUCGAUUUGACGUGGCCUUUUCUUCUAUCUCUAUUCAUGGCUAUAAAUACGAUAUUGUGGUCCAUUUCAUAUCCUGAAGUACGCGCCCUUCACACAAAGGAAGAGCUGGAAGAACAUAUUUCUCAAGCUUUAGAAAUUGUUGCUCAUUCUCGCGAACGAUGGCCAGGGACCCAAUCAACAUCGGAACUUUACAUGAAACUCACCAAAGCCUGCCUCAAAAGCUAUGAACUCGGCGACAAUUCGCUUUCGUUAUUUUCUGCCACUUCCCCGCCAUCAUCAAUGACUGACGCGAACUCACCGUCUGCAUCUGAGCACUCUAGUGCAACCUCAGUCUCACUUCCUCAUUCACAGCAUAAUAAUGCACAACACAGUAAUACAUAUCAAUCCCCUCCACAAUUCGGAUAUGUCUUCAAUCAAAUGCCAGAGCAAAUACCUUCGUAUGACUACAGUCAUCCCUUACCUCCGACCCAACCCUCGUUUCGGUCCAAUUCAAUCUUUCUAUUUCCCACCGGACUUUACGCAGCCACAGCAGCCGCAAUCCUACCAUAUGCCUUGGGACCCCAUCCCAGACCCACCGCAGCAUCAAAUGCCAGCCCAAGCAUCGUUACCCCCGAUGCAGCAUUCAUUAAUAACUGA